AUGUCACGGAUCCUACAGCUCAUCUAUCGAUGGAAGGAGGGUAUUUGUGUUGAGAAAAGCUGGAAGGAAGACAACCCUCGCUUCACGGACGUGCAUGGGGAAGCUUCUCACCAUCCCAACAAGCAGGACGCUCUCUCUUCUUCGAUUGUAAGAGACCUGUGGAUACCCCAAGUCUACGGAAAUUGUCAGAUUUGCUAUGCCAACACAGUCGCCGAGCAACCGUUUUGUGAUCUACCAUUCGACAUGGAGGAUGAGAUGUUUGACUAUGAUCUUGUAGACUUAACCUCGUCACAAUCGAGGUCUCAUUCUGGCACCGGCGCUGGUUUUGGUUUUUCUUCGUAUGGGUAUGUCAAUGCUCUACCCAUCGUGAAUGAUCCUUCUCAACCCCAGUCGAAUCCAGUUGAGCCUGCCCCAUCACCCUACACAUUAUAA